CACGGCAUUCGCACUGCACAUCGGGAUCCACCAACACACCGACGGACAGUCGACGGCUCCUUUAAGAAAAACUAAGUAAGAAAAUAUCACCCCUCCUUCUUCAGAUCUCCACUUGGAUGGUAUUGCAUCAAAGAAAACCUUCACUGGAGUUGCAAUUGAUCGAGGACACGAUGGGGACUGUUUUUGAACAUCUUUACAUGAAUAUCUGAAGAAUUCCAAGUGAGGGAAGAGCGCGACGAGUCAUCAUUAAUUAAGCAACUUGACAACCUCGAUAUUGAUUGACAGCUUGCUUGUUGAGCGAGACUAGAGUAUCAAUGUUUUUUUCUUCUGUAAGGGGCAUUUUACACCAGUCUCAAGCGUGAAGUCGUAGCCGAGUGUCGCUUGUCUAUGAACGGUCUCCAGGAGAAAGAGAAGGAGCUCUGUACUGGAUUGUGGUGUUUUUAUCUACUGCUGGAUUUAUGCUUGCAGUCUAGCAACCACCCUCUCUGGAGAGACGAGCACAAUAUUCUUAAUCUUGCAUUUGGAGUUAGGUGUUUAUUUUCCCUCAGCCCUGGCCUCGUAGAAGACGUUUAGAGUCCGAUUGGAAUCGGCGAGAGUGACAGGCCGAUGGCGCAACGGUAUGAAGACCUUCCCCACUAUGGAAUGGACGGAGUAGGGCUUCCCUCGACUAUGUACGGGGACCCUCAUGCAGCGCGCUCCAUGCAGGCGGUUCACCUGAACCACGGGCCCCAGUUCCACUCGCACCAGUACCCGCACUCAACACACGCCAGUGCCAUACCGCCCAGUAUGGGCUCCUCCGUCAACGACGCUAUAAAAAGAGACAAAGAUGCCAUUUACGGGCACCCUCUUUUCCCACUUCUAGCUCUGAUUUUUGAAAAAUGUGAAUUAGCAACUUGCACGCCGAGAGAAACUGGGGUCGCUGGAGGUGACGUGUGUUCCUCUGAGUCUUUUAAUGAGGAUAUAGCAGUAUUUUCAAAACAGAUUCGAUCAGAGAAGCCUAUAUUUUCAUCAAAUCCAGAAAUUGAUAACUUGAUGAUACAAGCAAUUCAAGUAUUACGGUUUCAUCUGCUCGAGCUGGAGAAGGUACACGAGUUAUGCGAUAAUUUCUGUCAUCGAUACAUCAGCUGCUUGAAAGGAAAAAUGCCCAUUGAUUUGGUCAUAGACGACAGGGACGGUGGAAAUAAAUCUGACAGUGAAGAUUUUACAAGGUCGUCUGGGCCUCUUGAUCAGAUCUCGUGGAGCAGAGACCACGAUGACACGGCAUCAGUUCGCUCGGCGGGGACGCCCGGGCCCUCCAGUGGGGGACACACGUCACACAGUGGGGACAACAACAGUGAAGAAGGUGACUGCAUGGACAACGGGGUGGCCUCUCCCAGCACUGGGGACGACGACGACCCUGACAAGGAAAAGAGGGAUCGUCACAACAAGAAGCGAGGCAUCUUCCCUAAAGUGGCCACCAACAUCAUGAGGGCGUGGCUCUUCCAGCACUUAACGCAUCCUUACCCUUCGGAAGAGCAGAAGAAACAACUGGCCCAGGACACGGGGUUAACGAUCCUACAAGUCAACAAUUGGUUCAUCAACGCGAGACGAAGAAUUGUACAGCCCAUGAUCGACCAGUCCAAUAGAGCAGUGACUGGAGGAGGGCCCUACACCCCAGAUGGUCAACCAAUGGGAGGGUUCGUUAUGGACGGCCAGACACACAUGGGAAUCAGACCACCUGGGCCCAUGGGUGGGAUGGGUAUGGGUAUGGGCGUGGAGGGACAGUGGCACUACAUGUGACCCCUUGCGGACUUAGCACAGAGCCCAAAGGGACGCACUCAGAACUGCCAGGUAUUCCCGAGGACGGCAUGUCCCAUGGCGGUCGGAUCAGCACGGAUAUGGGCAUCACUCUGACCUUCACUGGUGCCCCUACCAUCACAUCUACCCUCACACCAACCACCCCCACCACUGGGGCAUGAUCUCUCAGUGUUGCCCCUCCCUCCGUGACUCUUCCGGGACCCAGCGAUAUCGAUUGCGCUGGUGCCCAGCCCAAACUCACCACCAUCACCUGACUGUUUGUCAGUAGGGCUGGUGCCCCCUCCCCCUUUCCAACUUCCCCCAUUUCCUUCAAGUGGUUCAGUCUGAGUAGCGACUGUUGCUGAACCACCAUCGUGACUAUGAGAGGCCUUGGAAACCCUAUCAUGCCUUGUGAAGACUUCUGACGUUGUGAAGACUUCUGACGUUGUGAGGACUUCUGACGUUGUGAGGACUUCUGACGUUGUGAGGACUUCUGACGUUGUGAAGACUUCUGACGUUGUGAAGACUUCUGACGUUGUGAAGACUUCUGACGUUGUGAGGACUUCUGACGUUGUGAGGACUUCUGACGUUGUGAAGACUUCUGACGUUGUGAAGACUUCUGACGUUGUGAAGACUUCUGACGUUGUGAAGACUUCUGACGUUGUGAGGACUUCUGACGUUGUGAGGACUUCUGACGUUGUGAGGACUUCCCUUCUGGGGACUACAAUUACUGGAGCUCUCCAGUGGAUACUUCAAUACUCUGUUAAUUCAACCGAUACAAACAAACACUUAGUCCUUCACUUUUCCCCCCUCUGCUGCAUUGCAUGGACAGUUAUAGAGGGUGAAGACACUCUUGUCUUGGCAGUGGACUUGUAAGCAAGAGAAGAAGCCGAUGUCCGUAUUUGACUGGGGGGUCUUUUUAAAACAACAAACACCCUGGAAACCAUUCUUCUUCUUUUUUUAUAAUGAAAUUGUUGUAAUUGUGGAAAAUUACAAUAAGGUGAGGCAAUAGUGUCCUGUUUACAGUUUUACCACAAACUCUCUACGGACGAGUAACGAUAACUAUUGCAAGUGCUCUGGUAUUGCUUUGCCGUACUGUGCUGUUUUUCAAAAAAAGGACUUGACUUGUCUAAUUCACACUAUGUGUGUGAGUCUUUUUUCAUAGACUUUUAUCUCCUACCCCCACGAAUCUCUUUGCGUUUGAAAAUAAAAAAUAAGUUACAGGA